AAAUUUCUUUUGUAUUGAUUAUUAACGAUUUUAAUUUUGUGUUUUAGAAAUGGAUUCUGAAACAGUCGUUGACUUGACACAAUCCGAAGAGCAUUCUUCAAUACUACGUAAGCUUCUAAGUACUCCUCCACCUCCACCACUUAAACAGCAACAGCAACAGCAACAGCAACAGAAACAGCAACAGAAACAGCAACAGCAACAGCAACAGCAGCUGACACAACAACCGUCUACUUCUUCAUCUUUCGCUAGUAACACUCUAAAAUUUAUUCGACUGUCGGAAAAUGGAUUUCCACCCGAACGUUGUUCACCAUUAGCUGCGGGCUUUGAUUUAAGAAGUGGAGAAAAUGUAGUUAUAAAAAAAUGGGAUCGUAAAUUAGUAAAAACAAAUAUUGCGAUAGUAUUACCAGACGAGUGUUAUGGUCGAAUAGCGCCGAGAUCAGGUCUAUCUUUAAAAAAACGGUAUACAUGUAGGUGCUGGAGUUAUUGAUCCAGAUUAUAGAGGAAACGUAGGAAUAGUGCUGUUCAAUUUAUCAAACGAUAAUUUCAGUGUAGAAAUUGGUGAUAGAAUAGCUCAAUUAAUUUGCGAGCGAAUAGUUUGGCCUGAUAUUGAGGAGGUUACUAAAAACAGUGUGUUAGAAAAAACUAGUAGAGAUGAAAAUGGUUUUGGAUCAACAGGAUUAAAAUAAUUAUUUUUAUUUUUUUUUCAGAUCAUAAAUAA